AUGGCGAUUCCUACUGAUACUCGAGGAUGGAUUAUGACCGCCUUGAGCGGUCUCGCUUCCAUAAUAUGCGUCGACUUGGUUAUUCGCCGGCUCCCAGGCCAGAAGUCCUUCUCGAUACAAGAUAGCAAUGCGUUCUUAUCCUCCUCGUUAAGCCUUAGUUUCGGAGUUCUGCUAUUCUCCGCCUUAUACAACAUGUUGCCGACCGCAAAGAACGCAAUGGAGAGAGGCGGUUUCACCCCCAAAGCGGCCGCCUGGACCUUGAUAGGAUGUUUCAUAGCCGGCGGUCUAGGCAUCCAAAUCCUUUCGCGAAUUCUUCACCGGUAUAUUCCUUCGCAUGUCGUUGAUUGCGACCAUACACAUGCGGCAGAAUUCGAGGACAGCGACGCUGAUAAGCCGGCGAACGGAACAAUACCCAAUCAGACCACGGAAGAUUUAUUCGCAAGAGGGCGACGCGCCUCCCAAUCAGAUACUUCGCCAACGACCGACCGAGCGUAUGACUAUGGUGCGCGAUUGUCCUGGCCGGAGCAAGACCGGAGCCGAUCGUCCUUAUCCACCCAACUGACCCGUCGGGUCUCGCAGCUCGUCACGAGUACGAAACUUCAAUGCGACAAGUACGGACAAUGUUACGGAUUCACAGAGCCGUGCGGCCAAGAGUGCUUCAAGAACAUCCAUAGUCGAGGCGGAUCCAGAUCCACCCCGGCGGCUGGUGGUCGCAAGCUACGAUUUUCACGAAGCGCCACCACGCCCAAUCCCCAUGCUGGAGGCGAACGACAACCGCUCCUUUUUCCGGUCGAUGAAGAGGCAGCCAUUUCAAAUCGUGUCCCUUCGAUACCCGACUCCGAAGCCCAGUCGCCGAGGACAACUUCGCAGGCACGUCAAUCGAACGGUCUUGUUCAUCCAGUGCAUCACGACCAUAACCAUUCUCCCUCACGGUCUCACGAUUCCGACCCCCAUACACAUGAAUCUCCGUCUGAAGCCGCCCACAACCACCACCAUCAUGUCCCUUCAAAUGCUUUUCUCUCCAUCGGACUGCAGACAUCCCUUGCAAUCGCAUUGCACAAACUCCCCGAAGGCUUUAUCACAUACGCGACAAACCAUGCCAACCCAAAGCUGGGCGUCUCGGUAUUCCUCGCCCUGUUCAUCCAUAAUAUCACGGAGGGGUUUGCCAUGGCUCUCCCAUUAUAUCUGGCUGUCAACUCCCGUUGGAAAGCCAUGUUUUGGAGCUUCCUCCUUGGUGGUGUCUCGCAGCCAUUAGGAGCAGGCGUUGCAGCAUUGUGGUUUCGACUCGCCGGCAAAGGUUACGGAAGCGAGCCUGGUGAGGGAGUGUAUGGUUGUAUGUUUGCUGUAACAUCUGGCGUAAUGACAUCAGUGGCAUUUCAUCUCUUUGCAGAAAGCCUGGACUUGACCCACAACCGGAACCUUUGUAUGACAUUUGCUUUUGUUGGAAUGGGGAUCCUUGGAGUGAGCUCUGCUCUUACGGCCUAA